AAAACCUCUAACUGAACAAACAUUCAACACUACUGGACUACUUUAUAAUCUCAGUAUAUAUAUAUACACACUAUCAGUGAUCAAGAAUAUAUGGAUAUGUUUCGAAGCUAUUAUUCGGACCCUCUUACUGAAUCUUCAUCACUGUCUGAAAAUAGCAGCUCCUCAUGUAAUAGAGCUAAUAUUUCCGAUGAGGAAGUUUUGUUAGCUUCGAAUAACCCCAAGAAGCAAGCCGGGAGAAAGAAGUUUCGCGAGACACGUCAUCCAACAUACAGGGGAGUGAGGAAGAGGAAUUCAGACAGAUGGGUUGGUGAAAUCAGACAACCAAAUAAGAAAUUAAGAAUAUGGCUUGGAACUUACCCCACUGCAGAAAUGGCGGCUAGAGCUCAUGACGUGGCGGCUAUUGCAUUAAGGGGUCGUUCUGCUUGCUUGAACUUUGCUGGCUCUGUUUGGAAGUUGCCCAUCCCUGCUUCCGCCGACGCUAAGGAUAUUCAGAGAGCGGCGGCAGAGGCCGCCGAGGCUUUCGGCCGGCCAUCUGAGUCAGAAGCAGAUUCAGGAGAAUCUGCUGGCACUACUCCUGAAACGCCAGAAAGUAGUAAGUUUUUUAUGGAUGAGGAAGCUCUGUUUUGCAUGCCGGGAUUGCUAGCGAGUAUGGCGGAAGGACUAAUGCUGCCUCCACCUCACUACGUAGAAGUUGGUGAUUAUGUGGAAGCUGCUGCUGAUAUGCCUCUAUGGAGUUAUACUAUUUAAAUACUUCUGGUUAUUGCCUCUUUCGAAUAACCUAUAUCACAAUAAGUAUAUAUAGUGAAUACGCAAUCAGAAUGCUGGAGGUGAAGUUCCUUCAAUUAGGAUUUAGGAGAUAUAUACGGUAGUUUCAUACUCAAUAUUUGGAUGGUACGAAUAUACAAUACUAGCAUUAUAUAAUUUAGUAUAACGAUCUAGAUAGUAAUUAAGUAGUACUCUUAUGCUCUACUAGCAUCCGAAAGUGUUUUGUGCUAAAUGCAGGACAUUGAUGUUAGUUACCGUACGUCACCAAUUUUGUGAUAACUUGUCAACUGGAUGACUUAGUUAGGCAAGUGAGAGAAAAAAAAGUUAUUUUCAAGCCAUUGUAUUUUGAAUGAAAUAAGUGGCCAAGUAAUUAAUGGACCUA